AUGGAGCCGGGGUUGCUGCGGCCUGCGCCGGUGAGCGAGGUCAUCGUCCUGCACUACAACUACACCGGCAAGCUCCGCGGUGCUCGCUACCAGCCCGGCGCGGGGCUGCGCGCCGACGCUGUCGUGUGCCUGGCGGUGUGCGCGCUCAUCGUGCUGGAGAACUUGGCGGUGCUGUUCGUGCUCGGACGGCACCCACGCUUUCAUGCGCCUAUGUUCCUGUUACUGGGCAGCCUCACAUUGUCUGACCUUCUGGCAGGCGCUGCCUAUGCCGCCAACAUCCUGCUGUCCGGGCCGCUCACGCUGCGCCUGUCGCCCACACUCUGGUUCGCACGAGAGGGUGGCGUCUUUGUGGCGUUAGCCGCGUCCGUGCUGAGCCUCCUGGCCAUCGCACUGGAACGUCGCCUCACCAUGGCGCGCCGGGGACCCGCGCCCGCCGCCCGUCGGGGACGAACGCUGGCGCUGGCGGCCGCGGCUUGGGGCGUUUCGCUGCUCCUCGGGCUACUGCCAGCGUUGGGCUGGAAUUGCCUGGGCCGCCUGGACUCCUGCUCCACGAUCCUGCCGCUCUACGCCAAGGCCUACGUGCUCUUCUGCGUGCUCGCCUUCCUUGGCAUCCUGGCUGCCAUCUGUGCGCUCUACGCGCGCAUCUACUGCCAGGUGCGUUCCAACGCGCGGCGCCUGCGGGCGCACCCUGAGGCUGUAGGGGGCUCCUCCAGCAGGGCGCGCUGCACGCGGCGCUCACUGGCUCUGUUGCGCACUCUCAGCAUAGUCCUCCUGGCCUUUGUGGCAUGUUGGGGACCCCUCUUCCUGCUGCUCUUGCUCGACGUGGCGUGCCCGGCGCGGGCCUGCCCAGUGCUCCUGCAGGCCGACCCCUUCCUUGGUCUGGCCAUGGCCAAUUCUCUUUUGAACCCCAUCAUCUACACGCUCACCAGCCGCGACCUGCGCCACGCCCUCCUUCGCCUGGUCUGCUGCGGCCGUCGCCCUUGUGGCCAAGGUCCUAGAGCCUCCCCGCAAUCUGGGAGCGCCGCUGGGGCUUCGGAUGGCCUGCACCGCUGGCUACCCCCAAGCCUGGAUGGCAGUUCCAGCCGCUCCGAGCACUUGUCGCCCCAGCGGGACGGGGAGGACAUCAGCGGCUCCACCGGCGCACCAACAGCAGCACCAGUCGCAAAAUGACGCCCUCUGAACCUCCACUGCCCUCCCUAAGAGCUAUUUUGCAGACCCUUUCUUUUUAAAUAAUGGAAUUUAUAGGAAAACCAGCCGAAGAUAUUGGAGAGAGGAGACGCAUGGAAAAGUAUUUUAUUGGCGCUAAAACCCACAACGGUGAACAAAACAGACAAAAAUCGCUGUCCUUGUGGAAUUGACAUUCUGGUGGGGGCGCAGCAGAUAAUGGAGUGAAGAAAUCAUGGAGAUAGUUCCAGUGACAAUAUAGUGAUGUGAUGAUGGUCAGAGGAGGCCUCUCUGCAGAGGUGGUGACAAGUCAUGUGAGCUGAGACUUAACUGUUCUGGGAACACCUGAAGCAAGAGCAUUUACUGUGAGGGAACAGCAGGUGCAAAGGCCCUGAGGCUGGAAUG